GACACGUAGACCAUUGCACAUAUAAAAGGAUGCAAACCAAUAUCUCCGAACGUUUCACCGUCGUUCUCCUCCACCAUCUGCAAGCCCUAAACCUUCCCCAAUCUCCAAUUCAUCGUCUCUAAAUCCAAUUUCUACUAGCUAGGGUUUUUAUGUCAGCCGAGAGUUUCAAGGAUCUGGUAAAAGACAAGUUCGACGACAAUCAACAAUACCGAUAACUCCUCGUACCGAUUCCAUACGCGACGAUCGGAACGCAAACCGAAACCCUAUUAGUACUGCUUCAUCAUCGCGAUCUGAGUGGUCUACGAUCGAUGAAUCAUUGGGGCUGUCGGAGCAAGAUUCCUGUUGGUUACGCUCGUAUGUUUUUCAUAUUUGGAUUAUUUUGCUACCAAUGUCGUGGGCCGUCAAUUCCUACUACUUCUGACCUGUCCUUCGUGACUCUCACUCUCUCCCCCGAAUCUGCCCCUGUGAACCACGCCGGAUUGACUCAACAUUUUGAUGACAAUAAUGAUUCGGAGUAG